UUCUCUCACAGGCCUCGCGUCCUUUUCUUCCUUUUUCUCUCGUCAAACAGGCCUUUCGUUCCGGCUGCCGAUUUGAGUAAAUCAAGCCGUGCCCGCUCCUCCCCCUGUCAGCCGUCGAUGCCUCCCCGGAUGCAACACCUGCCGUCCAAACCAAAUCGGGCGUGAGUAUAAGUUCGCCGCCGUCACAUCCGAGCAGCUUCCUCUAGUCUUGUCCCCUCCCGCGGCUAGGGUUUCCUCCGCUUCGCUCUCGCAGAAUGCCUCGCUACGAUGAGCGUGAUCGUUACGGUGGCAACACAAGGCUGUACGUGGGUCGUCUUCCCUCGCGCACCCGCACAAGGGACCUCGAAGACCUCUUCGGCAGAUAUGGGAGAGUGCGACAUGUGGAUAUGAAGCACGAGUUUGCAUUUGUUGAGUUUAGUGAUCCCAGGGAUGCUGAUGAAGCAAGGUACAAUCUUGAUGGUCGUGACUUUGAUGGAAGCCGCAUGAUUGUUGAGUUUGCUAAAGGGGUUCCGCGUGGCCAAGGAGGAGGAGGUGACCGUGACCGUGGUGGCCGUGGUGGUGACCGUGAAUAUAUGGGUCGGGGACCUCCUCCUGGUUCUGGGCGUUGCUUUAACUGUGGGAUUGAUGGGCAUUGGGCUCGGGACUGCAAAGCUGGCGACUGGAAAAACAGGUGCUAUCGUUGUGGAGAUAGUGGCCACAUAGAAAGGGAUUGUCAGAACAGCCCUAAGAACCUCAAGCGUGGAAAGAGUUACUCCAGAUCUCCAUCUCCUCGCCGCGGAAGGGUGCGUGAUAGGAGCUACAGCAGGAGCCGCAGUAGGAGCUACAGCCGCUCUGUUUCCCCAAGGAGGGAUGAAAGGCGAUCAAGGAGCCCUCGCGACAGUCGCAGCCCAAGGAGGAGCCCCCGUGACAGUCUCAGCCCCAGGAGGAGCCCCCGCAACAGUCGCAGCCCUAUGAAGAGCCCCCGUGGCAGUCGCAGCCCUAUGAGGAGCCCCCGUGACAGUCGCAGCCCUAGGAGGAGUGCUUCACCUGCCAAGGGGAGGGCCCGGAGCCCCACCCCUCCUGGCAGCAGGAGCCCUGCACCAAGGGAUAACAGCAGGAGCCCAAUGAAGGCUGACAGCCCUAAAAACAUGAGCCCAGCUGCCAAUGGUCGUAGCCUGAGCCCCAGGGACGGCGAAGACAAUGGCCACCACCGUGCACCCAGUGGAAGUGCAUCACCCGGUGGUGGUUAGAGAUGGAUCGAAAUCCUUCAAGCUUUCACCCAGUGGAACUGCAUCACCUGGUGAGGGUCGAGAGAUCGAUCAAAUUCUUCCUACGGUUAUGAAACUCUCCAAACAUGUUGAACAAAGACUUGCCUGUACGAGUUUGAUUUUAUCGUGUACUCUAUUUCGGUAUUGAUACUCCAGUCAGACCAUAAUAUCUGUUGUACUAUGUGCACAUGGAAUCAUUUUGCAGUUUCAAAUAAUCUUUUUGUGCUUAA